GAAAAGCCAUAUUAUUUAAAUCAAAUUUUCUUGGAAAUGGCUGAGCAUUGCGCCCUUCCUUUGCUCAAGUAUUCUUCUAAUAGAGUACUACACUAUAUAAAAGAUAUAUAAAAGAUAUAUACUAUAUAUAUGUUAUAUGUUAGCUACAAGUUACCAGCAUGUUACCCACAUGUCAGAAUUUUUAUGCAGCGCCUCACGUUGCAAAUCGAUGAACUAUGAGGCGUGAAAAGUGACGUUUUGACAGCCCAAAUUAUUGUUGCGUACCAUUUCGUAAUUAUUCGUUUUAUGCUGGUUUUGUGAUGUGUAACGUAUUCGUGAAACUUAUAAAAUUGUCCGAAAACUAAGCUUAGCAAGAAAAGUAUUAUGUAAAAAGAACAUUUUCCACUUCUUUCGACAGCUGUCAAACUACAUGUUUUCCCGUAUUACUAGGCUUACUUUGACACUCAUUUUACGGUUAUUUAUUAAUUGUCAAAGGAAAAGCUUAGUUUUCGGACAAUUUUACGAGUAUACUAAAGCGAUCUGUAGUCUUGUUUCUUUAAAAUAUCUUUUUAUUUAAAAAUGGCACGCAAGAAUUCUCAGCGUGUCAUUUCUCGCUUCUGACGUCAUCAUUCCAAUAUGGCCGCGGCGACUACUCAGGAGCCUUAAAUAACUAAAAAUUAGAGGUUAGGAUAGAUUAAUUGAUUACUGCAUCAAUUCUUAUUGUGCACGACGUUACUGGUUGGACAAAGAUUAACGAUUAAACCAGGAAUAUAUCGCUUUAAUGGCACCAGGAAAACGGUUAUUUCGCAAUAAGAAAAGAAGAUUUGACGAACACAAAAGUCGGCCAAAACCAAAGAAAGGCAAAUUUGAAUACAGAAAAGCCUCUUAUGUCAAAGAGCGUGAAGCAAAAAAUGAGGAGAUUGAGGCUCGCAGGCAAAUAGUGGAAGAAGAAAAGGCACGUCAGCGACUUCAGGAAACUGAUAGUUCCGAAGAAGAAGAAAUUGAUCCUGAGUUGCUUUUUAUGUCCCGAUUUCCUGGCUAUGAAAAUUUACUAGAGAAAUUAAAGAAAUCAGUUGUGACCAGUUCAGAUAGCGAAAAUGAAAAAUGCACUAAACAGAAUAAAAACGAAAAGGACAAAGAAAGAAAGAAGAAAAAAAGGAAGGAAAAGAAUAUAAUUGAAAAGAAAAAAGUUGAUGAAGAAAAGAAUGAAGAAUCAGAAACUGAUGAAGAAUCUUAUGAUCAUAGUAAGAAUAAAGAGAUUACAGAUGACAUGAAGGAGGACGAUUACGAAGAUGCUGAGACUGCUCAAGAAGAUGCUGGUCAUUUAAGGGAUCCAUUCUCUUUACAUCUGCGCAAUGACAUGGAUGAUGAACUAUAUAAAGUAGUCUCGGUAACGCCACAGAUUACAGAGUUUACAACAUUGGAGUGGCCCACACUUGGAAAUUUAAUAUGUCAGAUUCCAAAACCUGUUGUUGUUUCGAAAGACAAGACAAUAAAAGUCAAAAAGCUUUUAGACGAUGAAGAGAAACAAUAUGCUAAUUAUGGUAAAGUUCCAAGUUUAAUAGAAAACAUUGAUUGGAAUAAAUUGCAUAUAAAAUCACAAAUUCAGAAUAAUUUAAUCAAAGCUAAUUAUCAUAAUAUAAAGGAUAAUUUGGAAAAAGAUUCUGUACCUUUAACUCCUCUUCAAAGGGAAUUAUUCUCAGUGAUAAAUAAUUACCAAGAUUUAUAUUAUCCUGAAAGAACAUUUUCAAAUGCUGAUCAGGUACGAUUUGUUUAUUGUUUGCAUGUAAUUAAUCAUGUGCUGAAAACUCGAACAAAAAUAUUGCAUCAUAAUGCAAAAUUAGCCAAGUCUAAUUGUAGUGGAAUGGGAGAAAUUCCAGAUGAAUACAGGGAUCAAGGUUUAGUGAGGCCCAAAGUGCUUAUAAUAGUGCCAUUUAAGCAUUCUUGCUUCAAAAUAGUCGAAAUGUUUAUCUCGAUUUUAUUUGGAGAGGAUAAAGGUGGCUCUGUCAUCAAUAAGUUGCGAUUUAUGGAAGAUUUUACUGGGAACGAAUUAGUGAUACCUAAGAAGAAUCCUAAACCAAAAGAUUAUGAAUUGACUCUACAAGGAAACGUUGAUGAUAAGUUCAAGAUAGGUAUGGCCAUCACCAAGAAGACUCUCAAAUUAUACACAAAUUUCUAUUCCUCCGAUAUUAUAAUUGGCUCACCGUUGGGUCUCAGAAGGGUUAUAGGUGCAGAAGGAGAAACAGUAAGAGACUUUGAUUUUCUCUCAUCCAUAGAAUUGCUAAUCAUGGACCAGAUUGACGUCGUUCUUAUGCAGAAUUGGGAUCAUCUUUACCAAGUGUUGGAUUAUCUGCAUCUGCAACCUAAAAAAUCUCACGACAUUGAUUACUCUCGCCUCAGAAGUUGGUGUGUAAAUGGCUGGACCAAAUAUUACAGACAGACGUUGAUCUUUUCCAGUAUCGAGCUGCCGCAUGUAAACACGCUACUGAUAAGGAAAUGCUUCAAUUACGCAGGCAAAGUGAAGGUGACGAAUCGAAUUGAACCGGGUUCGAUUCACAAAGUGACUGUCAAAAUUCCGCAGGUAUUCUACAGAUUCGAGGCAUCCGAUCUUCUUCAAGCUAUCGACAGCAGGUUGGAAUUUUUUUUGAAAGAGGUGCUGCCGCGAUACAUGGAUCCCAUAUAUAAUCACACAUUGAUCUACAUUCCAUCUUAUUUCGAUUUCAUAUAUGUGCGGAAUCGCAUGAUGAAAGAGAAAUUGAGUUUUGCGCAAAUCUGCGAGUAUACUGAGGACCGGAAAGUCGCCCGGGCAAGGGACAUGUUCUUUCAUAGUGACGCGCACUUUCUACUUUACACAGAACGUUGGCACUUUUGGCGGAGAACGAGGAUAAAGGGUAUUCGUCACCUUAUAUUUUAUCAAUUGCCCACUUAUCCGCACUUUUAUAGCGAAAUGUGUAAUCUAAUGGACAGAUUGUAUCAGAAUCCGCGCGCUGGCACAGAGUUCAAUAUGACGGUGACCAUUAUUUAUAACAAAUUCGAUGCCAUAUCGCUUGCUCAAAUUGUAGGCCAGAAUAGAGCUUCCGAAAUGAUAACAUCUGAAUCUAAAGUACAUACCAUAAAAUGCUGAAGUUUUUUCUACGUUCAUGUAAAUAUGACGUAAUAACUACAAAUAAUUGCCUAUUUAGUUGCAUUGAAACAAUGUUAAUUUUAUAUAGCUAAGCUAACGUUGUAAAUAAAGCUAAAUAAUAUGUCAAUGUGAAA